CAAAGCUACUGUCUGGGAGAAGGGGUGGGAACUAUACCAACCCAUCAGCACGCCACAUGUCAGUCUCACACACAGAUCCUUCUCCGUCAUGUUCCCUGGGAAAUUUCCCCCAGAUUAGGAAAAGAACCAUAAGGCAAGUCUGCCUCGGAAGGCGAGUUUUUACCAUUGCAGCACAAAGGACAGAGAAGCGCGCUUUCACAUCUUCGCAACUCCACUCACUUGACCAGCUCUACACUUCAGCACCACGGAGAGCAGCGUCUCCUCAGCUACCACCCAUGGGGAGCCAGAUUCCCGAGACUCAACACCGGAUUCCGGUCAUCUAGAGAGGAGGGACCAGCCUGCUUAUUUCUCCCUCAAUGUUGGGGAGCGGCACCUUCAAAAACAUGCAGCGCCGGCACACGACACUGAGGGAAAAGGGCCGCCGCCAGGCCAUCCGGGGUCCCGCCUACAUGUUCAACGAGAAGGGCACCAGCCUGACGCCCGAGGAGGAGCGCUUCCUGGACUCGGCAGAGUAUGGCAACAUCCCUGUUGUCAGGAAAAUGCUGGAGGAGUCCAAGACCCUCAACUUCAACUGCGUGGACUACAUGGGGCAAAACGCACUGCAGCUGGCUGUGGGCAACGAGCACCUGGAGGUCACGGAGCUGCUGCUCAAGAAGGAGAACCUGGCGCGGGUGGGGGACGCGCUGCUGCUGGCCAUCAGCAAGGGCUAUGUGCGCAUCGUGGAGGCCAUCCUCAACCACCCGGCCUUCGCACAGGGCCAGCGACUGACCCUCAGCCCACUGGAGCAAGAGCUGCGCGACGACGACUUCUACGCCUACGACGAGGAUGGCACACGCUUUUCCCAUGACAUCACACCCAUCAUCCUGGCAGCGCACUGCCAGGAGUAUGAGAUCGUGCACAUCCUCCUGCUCAAGGGCGCCCGCAUUGAGCGGCCACACGACUACUUCUGCAAGUGCAAUGAGUGCACCGAGAAGCAGCGGAAGGACUCGUUCAGCCACUCGCGCUCCCGCAUGAAUGCCUACAAGGGACUGGCCAGCGCUGCCUACUUGUCUCUGUCCAGUGAAGACCCUGUCCUCACCGCGCUGGAGCUAAGCAACGAAUUGGCCAGACUAGCCAACAUUGAGACUGAAUUCAAGAACGAUUACAGGAAGUUAUCUAUGCAAUGCAAGGAUUUUGUGGUGGGUGUGCUGGACCUAUGCCGAGACACGGAAGAGGUGGAAGCGAUUUUAAAUGGAGAUGUGAACUUCCAAGUCUGGUCCGACCACCACCGUCCAAGCCUGAGCCGCAUCAAACUCGCCAUUAAAUACGAAGUCAAGAAGCUAGGAAGAACCCUGAGGAGCCCCUUCAUGAAAUUUGUUGCCCAUGCAGUUUCUUUUACAAUCUUUUUGGGAUUGCUAGUUGUGAAUGCAUCAGACCGCUUUGAAGGCGUUAAAAACCUGCCCAACGAAACCUUCACAGACCACCCGAAACAGAUCUUCAGAGUGAAAACCACACAAUUCUCCUGGACAGAAAUGCUCAUCAUGAAGUGGGUCUUAGGAAUGAUUUGGUCCGAAUGCAAGGAAAUCUGGGAGGAGGGGCCGCGCGAGUACGUGCUGCACCUGUGGAACCUGCUGGAUUUCGGGAUGCUGUCCAUCUUCGUGGCGUCCUUCACCGCCAGGUUCAUGGCCUUCCUGAAGGCCAGCGAGGCCCAGCUGUAUGUGGACCAGCACGUGCAGGACGACACGCUGCACAAUGUCUCACUUCCGCCGGAAGUGGCCUACUUCACUUACGCCAGGGACAAGUGGUGGCCUUCAGACCCUCAGAUCAUAUCAGAAGGGCUGUAUGCAAUUGCUGUCGUGCUCAGCUUCUCUCGAAUCGCGUACAUCCUGCCAGCCAACGAAAGUUUCGGACCCCUACAGAUCUCCCUGGGGAGGACCGUGAAAGAUAUCUUCAAGUUCAUGGUCAUUUUCAUCAUGGUAUUUGUGGCCUUCAUGAUUGGGAUGUUUAAUCUCUACUCCUACUACCGAGGUGCGAAGUACAACCCAGCCUUUACAACGGUUGAAGAAAGUUUUAAAACCUUAUUCUGGUCCAUCUUUGGCUUGUCUGAAGUGAUCUCGGUGGUGCUGAAGUACGACCACAAGUUCAUCGAGAACAUCGGCUACGUCCUCUAUGGCGUCUACAAUGUCACCAUGGUCGUAGUGCUGCUCAAUAUGCUCAUAGCCAUGAUCAACAACUCGUAUCAGGAGAUUGAGGAGGAUGCAGAUGUGGAGUGGAAAUUUGCCCGAGCAAAGCUCUGGCUGUCUUACUUUGAUGAAGGAAGAACUCUUCCUGCUCCUUUCAAUCUAGUGCCAAGUCCUAAAUCAUUUUAUUAUCUCAUAAUGAGAAUCAAGAUGUGCCUCAUCAAACUCUGUAAAUCCAAGGCCAAAAGCUGUGAAAAUGACCUUGAAAUGGGCAUGCUGAAUUCCAAAUUCAGGAAGACUCGCUACCAGGCUGGGAUGAGGAAUUCUGAAAACCUGACAGCAAAUAACAGUUUCAGCAAGCCCACCCGAUAUCAGAAAAUCAUGAAGCGGCUCAUAAAGAGAUAUGUCCUGAAAGCCCAGGUGGACAGAGAAAGUGACGAAGUCAAUGAAGGUGAACUGAAGGAAAUCAAGCAAGAUAUCUCCAGCCUGCGCUAUGAGCUUCUGGAAGAGAAAUCUCAAGCUACUGGGGAGCUGGCAGACCUGAUCCAACAGCUCAGUGAGAAAUUUGGAAAGAAUUUAAACAAAGACCACCUGAGGGUGAACAAGGGCAAAGACAUUUAGCAGCCCUCCUCGGCAUCUGUGACUUCUACCAGCAUUCCCAGGCCAGGAUGGGUUUCCCAGCCACCAGGCCUGGCAGGGAAGGGGCCCGGCACCCCCUCCUCCAGGACACUAAGGGGACCCACUGGCUCCGUCCUGAGCAGACGAGCUGACGUGGGCAGCGUCAUGGCCUGCCUUGACCCAGAACUGUUGUGAAUCUAGGCUGUUGGGUAAGAAAGGCCAGCACAGGAGGAGAGGAGGAAAUGUCCCUCUGACACGUGUGAGACCUUUCGUCCAGUCAUAGGGACACGUGUCCCUGUGGUCAGUGCAGGAAGAGGCCUUCUUGGAUGCACACAUGUGCCCUCCCACAGCACACGGACGGCAUCCAACUCUGUGUCCCAGGAAGACAGACCACCUCACCCCACGCACCCCUUCUCACUCCCUCCCUUCCACCCACCCUCAUCCCAACAGAACCGGGAGGUGACCUGUGAUCUAUUCUUAAGUGCCAGACGAGAACACAGACAGCCUAA